AUGAGACAACAUGGAGUUCAUGAUCCAUUCCAGAACUCUAGGCCCUCUGAAGUGCUUCUAAAAUGCAUAUACGCAUUGUAUUGGAAGAAUUCCUUUCUGGGGAGCUGCGUUGCGAUCUCAGACAACAUCGUGAUCUCUGCAGGGCAUCACUACAACGCCAUGAAGGACGAUGUGGGUGACUUUAGCAUCUUGGUGAAGCCCAAUACUUGGAUUUAUGUGGAGUAUGGCGCCAAAAAUAGUACACAUGAUAUUCUUGUGUUAUGGCUUUGCAGUAAGGUGGUGCAUUUCACCCAACUUCGCGGAUUUUUGCCGCCGCCGAAUUCACGAGUAGCAACGGUGUGGCUUUCUUUAAAACCACCCCACGAGCCGGUGAUUUCGCCUGGCGUUGUCGUCGACAGCGACGCUUCGAAUUGCAUCGCGCGCGGAACGGUGAGCACGACAGGAUCGAGCGGCGCGCCCGUGGUGGAUACGUUCGGGGAUCACGUGGUGGGGCUGCAUCUAACCUCGAACACGCGCAACGGUUCUCGGGUUUCGGGCUUCAUUCACUCACGGAAGCUGGUGACCCUUUUAGCGGAAAUGGGAAUCGUCGCGCGAGUGGCGGCCCAGCCUUCAUAA